AUGAUGCGAGACAAAGAGUGAGAGAGCAGGAAAGAUGACAAGGACAGAAUUUAAAAAAAAAAAAACACACACACACAGACAUUAAGGACUUAGCGACAAGUGAAUCGACUAUUUUGGCAUUCAUUUCACAUAACAGAGAGGAGCUUUCAAACAUUAUUUGGUUGUAAAUUGUAUUUAAAUGACCAGUCAUAACACUACAUAUUAGUAGUAGGGAGGCCAUCUGGCACCAUUUUCAGCUUGUUAGGUUGUCAAUACUUGUCAACAAUAUCAAACAUCUUUCUGAACGGAGACAAAAUCAUUUUUGGCAAUGAACAAAAACAUAAAAUAUUCUGAUACUCAGAAAAGAGAACGGUCAUGAGUUUUGUGUGCUCACAUGGAAAGAGCGUGACCCAGCACUGGAAUUUGCUUGGUGAACCUCACCUUAGCUCCGAUCCAAGCCAAACAUUGGAGGUAACUUUUGUUCAUAUUUUGAAACAGCUGAUUUUAUCCACUUGUCGAGAGGUAACGACUCACCGCACGAUCACAUAUGUUUUAAAUAAUACGUGACAUUUAUUACGCAGCUUCUGAUACUGCUCGUUGGAAAACAUACAUUUUCUUUAUCAAACACAAGAGAGCUGCAUACAUUGUUAUGUAUGUCAAAUGUGUUUGUGACCUAAAUGACCAAAUUUGUAUCUCAGGGGUUAAACUUCAAGGCAAGGUCACUGAGACUAAGGCCACGGACAAGACCUUUGAUCGAACCACAGCUGAGCUAAUGUUUUACCAUGGUAUUGCAUGUACACAUCCAAUAUAAGGCUGACCAACCACCCUCCACAUUCAUCAUACUGUGGGAUGCAAACAUCUGCAGCGCAGUGAUAGACAAAUACAUGUUUUAUAGCAAUCCUUUGCCAUUUUUGAGAAAAGACAGCUUUAAUUUUAAACUAGACAAGCAUUCUCCUAAAAUUAACUGAAUUGCUGGAGAAGAAAUCACAGGCUGUUUAUCAACUGAGUGAAGCAGAAGACUAGACUGCAGCGGCUGAUAUUAUCAAGAUGAUCUGGGGCCUGUGCCUGCUUUGUGUGGCCGGGGGUUUCAGAGCAGUCCAUGCAGGCCCGGUCAGGAGGACCAGUAAGAUGGAAGACAAGACUUCUCCACAGGAUGACAUGAAUGUGCUCAUGUUUGGCGUCAUUCAGUUCAGCGAGUCUCUUAACUACGCUUAUGAAACCACUGAGGCAAAGAUAGCUAAGAUCAGUCAGACUUUGAAGACCCAUGAGGGUGCUCUCCAACAGCUGGGGAAGCAGACUGAGGAGGCUGCUGAGGUGGAAAAACAGAUAAAACAAGUGAUACAGUUGCUACAGGCCCAGAUGGCCAAGCAACAGGCUCAGACCACGAUGACUAAAGACUGGCUGGCCCGCAUGGAGCAGGAAGAGGUGGAGCUGGCGACAAAAGUGAGGAGGGUGGAGAUGAAUCUCAACAACUUGUUCCCCAGCAACAUCAAAGAGCUGCAGGAGAGAGCAGCAGAGCACUCCCACGUUCUGAAAAGUUUACAGCAUUUUACCCAGUUCCAAAAGGAGAAUAUUGAGACUAAUAACGAACAGCUCUCCACACUGCAGAAGAUGAGUGACAAUAUGUCACAGUUAUAAAUUUCACCACUGAGGUCUUCCGGUCUACAACCCUCUGAAUCAGACAAGUCUACAUCUCAGCACUGUACCUUCACUGCACUCCCCCUCCAAAUCGGCUGUGUAUGCUAUAUAUCUGUGUGACCACAACAGAAACUAUUUUUGUUAGUACCCUUAUAAUUAUGCUCUUGUUGUUGCAGCUCUCAUUUAUUUCUCAUGCAAAAUGUUUCUGUCUUUUGUUUGUCUUGACUUUGAUGUACUUUGUAAACAUUGUUUUUAACAAGUCAUUCAAAUAGUUUUUUUUAAUAAUCAAAAAUCUUGUUUUAUCAUCACACUGUACACCAAUGAGUAUCUUGUGUUAUUUGUAAAUACAUAUACAGAAAAAAAACUCAAACUUAAAGAUAAUAGCUUGUUUUUGUAUUUACGUAUUUUACAAAACAAUGAUAUCAAUAAAAAAGUGUUUAAAUUAAACAGGUUCUCAAAUUGAGAAGCCGUUGUCCUCUUUGUUUGAAACUACACUGUGUGACAAUGAAGAAAUGAACCAAACAAACACAAUGAGCCUUGGCAGCAGUAAAGGAGUAAAUGUAGAUUUGUUCUACAUGUCAACUUACACUGUGUGUGUGUGUGUGUGUGUGUGUGUAUGUGUUUGACAUGUGAAA